UUAUUUGAAAACAGAACGAAGAAAGGGUUUGAGCACCAGUGCAAGCACUAGCUAGAUUCCUGAGUAAAGUGAACAGUUCAAGGUCAACUAAACUCUGUGGUUACUGCUGGACCAAAUACACACCGACACACGACUAACUCCUUAAACUACAAAGAAACUAAAUCAAUACAUGUGGCUUAUUAGGAAAGGAGACUUACACCCGAUGCAAAACAUACUGAUUGAAUUAGAAAUGACACCCUCUACCCCACCCCCAAUUCAAGACUCAGUCAGAGACUCCUAUUUACCCUGGUUUGGUCCCAUGCAUGAUUGUCACUGUUUGCUUCUUUUUUCUUGAAGUAGGUCACUUUUUUGUUUGUUGUAUGAAGUGGUCACUCAUGGUCAAGCCAACAGCAGGUGAUAGGUUGAUUUAUCGAUGAGCUGCAGUUAUUUGCUUCCUUUCAAAGGACACUUAUCAGUCUGUAUCAAACAUUCAUGGGAUCUACUUCUCUAACCAAUACCUGCCUGCCACGCACUCAAACUAUUAGAUUGAGUUAAAGUCACAUAUGUGGAAUGAUCACUGUGAUGAAAUAUAUCUGAAACUGCAAUUUUUGUGAAUUGGCACACAGUUUACAUAGAAUUUUGUUCCAAUUUGGGGGAUUGAAUUGAGGUGAUCUACAUAACAUGACUUCUACAUCUGGCUGUGGUAUAACCAUUUGAAGCUCAGAACGCAAGGAAUUUUGUUGAACAAGUGAGAACUGAUGUUAAUGCAUUCUACAUGCCUUCAUACAAGGUGCACAAAGGGAAUCAUGGGAUGGCCAGAACCCAUGGUGCCUUGCAGUCGGACUUAGACAUUCCUCUCUUGAAUCAGACGGCGGAACGAUCUCGCCAUGCUGCUAAGAUGCGACGAGACAAGGAGACAGAGGAGAUCUCUGCUCUCUCCAAGCUCCUUCCUUAUCCGGAGGAAGUCACCAGAAGACUCGAUAAGGGCUCCAUCAUCAGACUCACCACCAGCUAUCUCAGAAUGAAGAAAUUCUCACAGAGAGAAGGUACAGCUUUGUUGGAUGAGCUGAAGAAGAAAGCGAUCACAGCUGGGCCUACUACUGAAUCAAGUCAAGCUGAUGAUAAACCACAAGUCAAAGAAGGUGGUCUUAUGCUUCAGGCUCUGAAUGGUUUCAUACUCUUUGUGUCUCGAAAAGGAGGAAUUCUCUAUGUCUCAGAUAAUGUUGGAAAACAGAUUGGAAUUCAUCAGUAUGACAUGAUAGGGAACUCCAUCAUGGAUUUCAUUCAUCCUGAUGAUCAGAAGGAACUGGCUAAACAGUUUGUAGUUCAGUUUCCUGGACACCAAACCUUCAAAGGUUAUGGUAUGGAGAGGCCUGAUGAUUCUCCUACUGCUAUGAACAUCAACUUCUUUGAUGAAGCAAAGAGAAAAGAAGAGAGCCCAGUGGUAACAGACUUCAUUCAAGACAGACAUUUCUUUUUGCGUAUGAAGUCUGUUGUGUCCAGAAGAUCUAUCGGUGGCAAAGGAAAAGUUGUCGGUUAUCGGGUCGUGAACUUCUCUGGACGUCUGAAGUUGAAAGGAUCGAGUAACAGUAAGGGAUACAGUGUAGAGGGUUUGAUCUGUCUCUGUCGUCCUAUCCAACCUCAGCCAAUACUGGAGAUACGUAUGGAUGGUAACAUGUUUAUGAGCAGACAUGGUCUAGAUAUGAGCUUUACGUUCUGUGACCCAAGGAUCAUAACACUGGUAGGCUAUGAACCUCAUGAAGUGAUAGGAAAGACUGCUUACCAAUUCCAUAAUCCACUGGAUGCUCGCAAAGUCAGUGAUUGUCACUCCAAGCUGAUUGUAAAGGGAAGUAGCAUGAGCAAGUACUAUCGCUUCUUAGGAAAGCUAGGAGCGUGGGUUUGGAUGCAGACCAAAGCAACUAUUAUCUACAAUACAAACAAUGUGGCACAGUAUGUGGUCUGCAUGAACUAUGUCAUUGGGAAAGAUGAAGGAGAGCGUCACCUGCUGAUGGAGCAGAUGCAGCAUUCACUGCAGGGAGUCUUGAUGAGUGAUUCAGAUAGCUGUGGUUCACCAUGUACACCAGGCACUCCUGGGACCCCUGGAACCCCUGGGACUCCAGGAACCCCAACCAUCUCUGACAUGGGGUCCUGCUCAGAUUUUGAAGAGUCAUCUCCAAAGAUUUUGGAGCUGAAGGAGGAAGAAUUGGCAGAGCUGGUGCCCCAGCCAGUGAGGGAAAACCAGGUGAUUCUGAAACCAGUGGAUGAAUCAAGCUCGGUGUCCUUCAAAGAUUUGGUGAAAGAAUCUAAAGAAGCAAAGGAAGAUGUGCCAAUGGAUGUUUGUGUGAAAAUUGAUAUUGACGAGAAGGAAAGUGCCAUGCAGUGUGAUGACAAAGUGGAUAUUGACAAAGCAAACUGUCAGAUGGAUAAUAACACCUCGCUUGAAACCAUGGAAGAGAAGCAUUCCUAUGCAGAGGAGAAUGUGCUAAUAAUUAAAUCUGAUUCACCAGCAAGUGAUGUGGAUUCACUGUCCAGUGGUGGCUCAGAUUCGAUUUGUUCACCGCCGUCACCAGAGCGUCAGCGAGCCAGCAGCUUUGGUGAAGCUGAGGAGCGAGAGUUGCUCAACUUACUAGACAUUACAUCUGACAAACCCUUGUCUCCCAUGGGGGAUUUCUCAAGGAUAUCCACAUUGUCAUUCACUGUACCGAGUCCAGAUAAUCUGAGUCAGAUCCUGGGUAGUCCUGGUACAACAAGUCUUUGUGCAGAUGUAGGGGUCCAAAGUCCUAACAUGUCAUGGCUAGUGGAAGAUGAUGAUGUUUUCAAUGAUAAGUUUAAGAGUCCUGCCAAUAACAUUUUACUGAACUUACUCAAUGAACCACCAAUCACAGAGAAAAUCCAGAAGCAUGGUAAUGCACAUCAGACUAUUAAGCAAUUAUUACUGUCUUCUGGAAAAAUCACAGACCCUUGCAGAAAUGGAAGUGGAUUGCCACCUGAUCUGGCUGACUUUUCCUUGGAGUAUGGGUCUUGUCCGCAGGCACCCAUCACAAUUUCACAAGGAGAUGUUUUCCUUGCUGAUGUAAACAAAGUUUCACUCCCUGAAGGAGCCACAGUGUCAGAUAUUGUAGAACCACAAGUUACUGAUGCCAUGAACUCUGCUACUGCACAACCUUCUGUCUCAGUGGCCCAACCCACCAGCUCUUCUCAGUAUUCAGAUGCAACUACUGUGGCCAAUAGCUUUGUGGCCCCUACAUGCAGUGGACAGUCCAUCCCACCCGUCAGCAAUGGUACUCAGGCACCUAUCAAUCCCUGUGACUCACAUGGGGUGACUGAAGGUAUGUCCAAGCUGGAAAUUCAAGACCUUCAGAAUCAAAGGACAAUGCAUUCAAUGUUGAAAGCACUGCUCACAGGAGCUGAAAAGAAUCCCCUGUCCACUCAAGUCCGCUCAAUUCCUCAACAACUCCAGCUUCCUAUGAGUGAUGGUAUAGACAAUGUGAGUGAUGUGUUAGGACCAAUCACACCGUCCACUAAAGCUGCCAUUGAUACAUUAGACUCUCUCAUGCAGGAUCAUCUUGGUCCAGAACGAGACUUCCCUAUCAAUAACAACAGGAUUAAUCAUGAAGAUCUCACACUCUUACAGCAACAGCAGCAACAAAAGGAGAUCUUGGAGAGGAAUUUCAUGCGACAACAGGAAAUGUUAAUGGAGAAUCACCGGCGUCAGGCACAGAUUUUGGAGGAUGAGCACAGGCGGCAGAAUAUCCAGCGUCAAGCUUUGCAACAGCAAAUGAACAAACAGGUGCAGCUCAAAGUUGUGAAUGGGAGUGUACCGAAUGGAUUGCCUCAAAGCAUCAUGCCACAUAAUGGUAUGACCCAGAAUGGAACACCGCAAAACAAUCUGCAGCAAAAUAGUUUGCAACAGCAGAAUGGAGUACCGCAGCAAAAUAAUGUGCCACAGCAGAAUGGUCUGUCUCAGCAGAACGGUCUGUCUCAGCAGAAUGGACUCACUGAGCAGAAUGGAUGUACCCAUGGGCCAAAUGAAAACGGACUUGACAUCACAGGAAUCAGUGAUUUUGACUUUCAGCAGCACUUGAAUACUGUUAUUAACACCCCUCCACAACAAACACAACCACAGCAGCAACAGCAGCAGCAGCAACAAGCAAUGUUCCAAUCUAAUGGUAUGUACAAUUCCCUGCCAAACUACCACCUCCCUCCACAACAGCAGAAUGGAUUCUCAAGGCAACCCGCUCCAUACCAGCAGGGAAGCCCUCCUAUGGGACUCUCAGCAACACAUACUAACAAUUUCCCUCUCCAAUCCAGCCAGAACUCUAGCUUAUUAGCAGCUUGUCUCAUGGCACAAUCUACCUCUCAGCAUCACCAACAACAACAACAACAACAACAACCCAUCCAACAGUCGCUUCCACCACCUCCCUUCCAGCAGCACCCCAACAACACGUCAGGCUUCAGUCAGCAGUCCACCCCUGUCUCACACACCACUUCAACAUUAGUCCCUUCAGAUUGGCAGGCUCGGGGUUAUGUCAAUAGACAGACAGUCCCUACUCCUGAUAUGAACAGCUUUCAAGAACCAUGUGUGCUGGGUCAGCAACUACAGUUCUAAGGAUAUUCAUCCUGACCUGUGGAACCCACAUCACCAUUUACUAUUUUCUCUACAACUCCUUGGGAAUUUUUGUUUUUGUUUUAAAUCUUAAGCUCUGUUGAUUUCAAAUGCUCAUAUUGUAGUUUUUUUGCAGUUGUUUAACAAAUGAUUUGUAAAUCAUAAUCUUGUAUUAUUUCUAUUUGAAAAGUCCUCUUCAAUUCCAGAUUAUCCUAAUUGUAUUUGUUAUAUAAUUGGAUGGAUUCACAAUGAACAGGGCUCCCACUGGCAAGCAGCGACAGGCCAAUUUUCAACUCGCGGUCAACAUCUUUCCACCAGUGCAGCGCAGCAAAAGGCUAGUCAACGAUUCCAAUGACCAAAGUGGUCUGAACCUUGUAAUAAUUUGAAUGAGAUUAAUUGUUCUGAUAUCAGCGAACAUUUUUGUAUUGACUUUGGAUUUCAAAACCCACCCAUCAAUUCAUAUUUUAGAUAUAAAUCAAUAGAAAUGGUAAUUUUUUAGCCAAAAAGCGAAGACAAUGACCAUAUUGUUGUUGGACACAUUUUUACAUAGAUUAGGCCCAUCCAAUCCCCUUUGCUGAUAAUAACGAUAGGAAAAGUUACCCCUGUCCGAAAGCGUCUAUGAUUGUUAUUUCCCCCAAAAGUGGCCAUAAUGACCAAAUCGUUGUGUGAAGGGUCAAUAAGAUUGAUAUUUUUGGAAUCAGUGCAAAAUUUUACCCGGAUAUGCUAUUCAAACCUUCCCCACCAAAAGAUUAAAUCUCUUUAUCUCCUAAGGUAUAUAACAAUGUCACAGCUGGUAUUUUUGUUACCUUUUCUCCACAAUGCAUGAACUGAAAUUGACUAAACACUGGUGUCGCUUGAUUGCCUUGUGGGUUGUGAAUCCACCCUAUUGAAUUGUUCUUAUAUAAUAAAUAACUUGCUCCUAUAGUGCUAAAGUUGAAGAUAAUCUGCAAGCUUGCGAUAUCUAGAAUAAAACACUAGGUAUGAAAUAUUAAUAAUAAAUCUUAAUGAGAGUGAAUUUCUUGUCAUGUAGUAUUCCAUAAAAUGAAAUGCAAUUCAUAUAGCUCUGUAUUACGUUUAGGAAAUUGUGAAUGAAAAAUGAUAUGUCAUUAAUUCACCUAUUAAAAAUAUAAAGCCUAGUUAAGGAUUCUGUAGACUGAACGUAGUAAAAAGUAAGAAGUUAUCAAAAGCUUCUUUCAGGGAUUUUAGAUGUUGUCAACAACAAAAAAUGUUUCUAAUGCAAAUAGCAUUAUGUUAGUGCUAAUGAUCAGAGAUAAUGGAGGAUCCCUUUUGUGGUGUUGAUACACUAAUUACCAAUCCAGAAGACUUUUCCUUUGUUUCAACUGAUUAAUAUCUACAAGGAAUCAUUGAUAUCAAUUUCUCAAAACAAUUGGUCCACAUGGUUAAUUAAAUCCUAAAUGAGAGAAAUCUUGUUGAUGUUCUCUAACUCUAUAGAUGUAUAUUCUGUGAGGUAUCACCGAAAAUAAACAUAUUAUAGCCCUUGGGCAAUGUAGUGCUUCUUGAUAUUGAGUUUAAUGCUGCAAUUUAUUUGUAAAGUGCCUUGUGCAAAUAUAUACAAGAAGUAACCUUUAAAAUAUGGUUAUAAUGAAGAUAAAGAGCAAAUAAAUAUUCACAAUCAGCUGGAAUUUCAAUUCAAACAGAUCUGGUUAGUUAUAUUGAAACAAAAAUAAGAAUAUAAUACUUUGGACAUGAUAGAUUGUAUGCUGCUGAGAUUGGUUAUAUGACAAUGAUUGGCUAUACUUUGUAGUUCCAUUGACUUCAAACCAUUUCAAAUACUGCUUACUUAUACUUGGUUCAAUGUCAGGCAAUUUUUUCCAAUUGUUUUAGCAGCAAGAUAUAUUUUGGAAAUCUGAAAAUGAAACAUAAAUCUCUUUCAUGGAUGUAUAAAUUGUUAGCAGUUGAUGCACUGAAGACUGGCCCAGCUUACAAUGUAUUAAUCCAGAAAACAGUAGUAGAGUUAGUUAGCUAGAUAUUAAAUUUCAUCAACAUGUUUGUUGUACAUGAUAAAUAUAUUAAGAGACAACCAGUAACAAAAAAAAAAAGCUUUCUUGAAUAUAUUUUAAGUUCUGGUUGUUAGAAAGAGUGUGAAUAAACUAUUUUAUUCUGAUUUUCUCAAAUUAUUUUUAAGUUGUAAUAAAAUCAGUGGUAGCAAGCAACACAACGUUAAAACAAAUUCAAUGAAAAGGCGCUCAACAGCUGUAGCUUAUUAAUUUGUAAUGAACAUUGUCUUUGUAUGCGCAAUUGUCAAUAGCACUUUUCUUCAUGUGUUAUAUGCAUCAUUGAGUGCUUAAAGUAAGCUUUAUGAAUCGUCUUCUGCUUCUCUAUAAAGAAACAAUUCUUUAUUUAGAAAUCACAGAGUAGAUCUACGGUGACUAAGAAACAUAAUUUAAUGUUCACUGACUUAUUUAAAAAAAAGUGUGUGUUACAUUCAUCUUACAUUGAUUUGGUCUUCUUGUACAAGUAUUAUCUAAUUUGAUAUUUCCAGAGGUAUAUGUGGUUGACACUAUUUUUCACUCAUUUAAGGUUCAGUCAAGGGACCCAUCUUUUCACAAAUAUGCACAACAAAUGUAUUGUAGUUCUGAGAACAUGUCACUGUUCAUGGAAGAGUUAAUGCAAAUUAGAACUUUUGCAGCUGAGAUUGGCAAGAUGUAAGUUUAUCUUUGAAAGGCGACUGUUAGGCAGCUUUGACACAAACAAACUUCUAUUUUUGCUUUAUGUAUGUUUGUAAUGGAACGUCUAUGUUGUGUAUACCGGUAUGAUGAAGGUAAUGUCGAGCUUAAUUGAAUUUAGUAUACUAUGAAACCCAUACUUACGGCUGUGAGGGUUAGUGAUACAGUGGAGAUAACAGAACAAAUGAAUGUGUAAUUCUUCAACACAACAAACUUUAUGUAUGAACCCUUUGAUUACCAAGUUUCAUUUGUAACAAAGAACCAUAGAGAUGUGCAUUAUAAGAAGAACAUGCAUAAAAUGGAUUGAUGUUUAUAGAAUGAGUUUCUUGAAGUAUUAUCUAUGUAGUGAAUUAAGACAUACAUAGCUUGAGCCCUGAGCGAUAGAGAUUUAACAUACACAUCUACAUACGAAAUGUAUAGUAUUAGUCUGUUCAUGCUAAACAAGGUACAAUGCUGAGUCACUUAGUAUUGAAUGGUUAAGGUAAUACAUCUUUAGGCUUACCGGUAUAGAACAUCUGAUUGCGGUCUCACAGCUACUACUUUACCUUGCUUGCAUGAGAGAAUUUGCCUUUGUAUAGGACAUGGAAUGAAUUCCGUUAUUUGGAAAGGAAGUGUGAAUGAUCUAGUCCAGUUCUCUUUUCAUGUUGUACAAUUAUGUUAUAUAUCAAGUGUGCUUAUUCAUACAUUGUAUAUGUAACAUAGUUCUGACCGAGUCAUUUCUCAAUCUCUUUCUCUGUACAGCUGAAUGUAGUAUCAGAUAGUUACCUAUUUUCAUGUACAUUUUAGAAUCAUGUAGUCAUGUGAUCCAUGUAGAUAUCAACUGGUUUCAUUGUUUUUAUCAAGGUGUGUGAUCUUUAAUUGUGAAUGAAAAAUAAUAUGGACAUAUUUUGGGCCCUCUUACUGCACUUUUCAAACACUUUUACCAUACAACGUCUAUAUUUUAUGUAUUAUUUGAAAUCAUGUGAAAUAAUGUGACGUGUUCUAAAUCAUGUAAAUAUAAAUGUUAUUUUAAAUUGUGUGAAGGAUUUGUACAGAUUUGUCUGUCGAUCACAGUCAAUAUACUGCACUUACUGCUCUUAUUGUUAUCACAUCUACCAUAGGCUUUAGCUCCAAUGUAAUCAUGCAUGGUGAUAAUUUUAAAAGACUGGAAAGUUAGUUGAUCUGCUUUCAAAAAUUGUCAGAUUAAUUGACUUUUUUUUAUAAUUUCAAGGUCUUUAGGAUUCACCAAGUAGAAGUUCACUCUUACUUAUAUGAACUGGGACAUUGAGAGUGAUGACAUUAACAAUUUAGUGACAAUUUAACAUUGUUAUACAUGUAUUGUGAUUGUAUUCAGUGUUUCUAUGUAAACUAGGCAGACAAAUAAUUGAAAAUAUAACUAUAUAUAUUUUUAGGAGUAGAUCAUGAAGUAGAUGAAUUUGUUUUAUUGAAUGAAUAAACAUCUCUACAUUUGAAGUGAAUUUGUUUUGGUAUGAUAAAGAUAUCAACCGAGAUAGGUUUUGUGAAAUUAAGAUGAUGUUAAUCAAUCCCCUCAAUAUUUGUCUUUUCUUUUCUUGAUAAGUUUUCUUUUAAAUAAGUUCUAUCAAAGAUGGUUGCUUUCAAUUCAUAGUAUUUGUUAAGUACUAGGGAUAUAUAUACUAACAUGAAAUAUAUACUGGUAUGAAGUGAUUUUAAGAUUGGCAAAUUAGGAAGAAGAUCAGAAUUAUUCCAUUGCUGAAAAUCUAUUCUGGUUUGAGUACCAGUAAAUGUAAUUUUAAUUCCAAGGAUUUUUGCUGAUGACACAUCGCAAGGUAGAACACAAUGUAUCAUCAAGAUGACAAUCUGAUGAGCACAAUACAGUUGUGAUUGAUUUCUGAAAUAAACAUCCUUCCAGAACUUCUUUGAGAUUGGUGGUUCUUGUCCGACCUCCAUUAAGCUGAUUUUUUCUAAAGGUUAAAUUAGAUACGACAAUUGUAAAUUGUUACCUAGUACUCAACUAUCAUGAUAAUGAAUGUUGUCCUGGCAUAGCUUAACAUUUCCAGACUCCUGAAUGAACAAGACUGUGACAAUUUGUUCAAAGUUUCAAAUUACAGGCUCAAUCUAUGAACUCUGACCCCUUUGUUUUUCACCCCCCCCCCCCAUCCUCCUUCAUUUAUGUAUUUAUUUAUUGAUAUUAGAGGGAGUAGAAAUUAAAGAUUAAAUUUAUGUGAAUAUGUUUGUGUUCUUUUUUUUUUCAUUCCCAAUGCACUUGUACUAAAUUCUAUUUUGUGAUUUGCACAUAUUUGAAUAUGAUCUCAUUAUUUCUCUGACACACAUUAUGUUGAUGGUGGUUAUAUCCCAUUCUCAGUAGAAGUUAUGUACCAAGUUCCGUUGUCUGUUUUACAUUGAGUGCAUCGAUAGCAUGGAUUUCAUUUGCUUUACAUGUCAAAUUCUUAUCAUGUCAUUUGCUAAAUUCAAGUUAUAAUGUGGAUUUCUUAUUGACAUGUGGGAAAUUUAAUGUGGUACAUGAAUUUCUCGCAGAACCUGUAUCACCUUAUGUACUGUAGAAAAAAAAGAAAAAAACAUACAAAAUAACCUUCCUAUCGUAAUAUACCAUUUUCUGCACUGGAUCAUCAUGUAGCAAAACAUAUGAAUAUUUUGUGUAGUGUAUUUGUGUUCAAUUCAGAUGUAGAGACAUAAUAUUCUGUAUUUCAAUGUUUUUAUGUUUAUACUUGUAAAAAAACUAUACCCCAUGUUAAUAUACAUAUAAACAAGGGCAAAAGGUGAUGUUAUAUAUACGUGUAUAUGUAAAAUAUGGAUGACAUUAACAAAAAUCACAUGAAAAUGUUGAAUUCAUAAAGUAAGUUAUCUUGCUUUCUGUCAUGUGGUGAGAUUUGUGUGAGUUUAUAAGAUUAAAAUUGUUUGAAUCUUUGUGCUUUGCGGGCAAAAGUACUAUUUUUUUCUUUUGUAGAAAUUCAUGUUCAUGUUUCUUUUUUAACAUUAGACUAAAAUGUACGGUGAACGUUACCUCAACUUUAAUUAGAAUAAGAAUGAAAAUGAAAAAAAAAAUAUUUGUAAGGAUUGCACAAAAUAGAAUUUGAUUGAUCUUUGUAUAAAUGUUAUAUUUUCAUUUGCUCAUUUCAAAUCAUUCUUUCUGAUUGGACUGAAUAUUAUGUCAAUUAAAAAAAUAUAUAUUAUGGUCAUUAUCACUCAUCGUAGUUAUGUAAAUUAUCAUUACUGCAGAGGAAUGCUAUCACAGUUUUACAUUUUACAUUUUAAUGUCCAAUGUACAAUAAUGUAAGUUGAAUAAAAUCAAAUGGUUACUUCAUAAAUAAUGUGUUCAUACAGUCAGAGUUAGAUAUGAAUAUAUUUCACAUUUUUAUUCCACAGGUACUGACAUUUAAGUAAGGUUAUUGUUAGUUAAAUAUAUGAGCAGUCCCACCUCAUGUAUUGCAAAGUGAAGGCAGAUUUCUGAUUGCUAUUCAUUUUUAGAUUUUGAUUCAAAUGCUUGUAGAUUCUAUAAUCUCUUUGUUCAAUAUAUUUUGAUUAUGUACAAAGCGUGCUGCAUGAACAUUCUCCCCUCCCCUAUUGUGUAAUUAUUGUACAGUGCUUGGAAUUGGUUCUAUAGUUCAGGUAUUUUUACUUCAGCUUUUUUCUGUUGCAUGAUUCAUAAAAAAGUGUUAUUACUUUUAAUUUUUUGUUGUCUAUCCUUCUUGUUUUUGCUUAAAGUAUAUCCUUGUAAAUAAUGAGUUUGUAUACAUGCACAUGAGAUGGUUGAAAUAAACAUGUGAGUAUGAAA